UUUCCACUUCAUUUACAAGCCGACUACAGUGAAGGGUGGAAGCCAAAAUAAACAGAAGGGUUAGAGGUCGUUGAAGAGUCAUACUUUGCUGAAUUCAGUAUCACAGUAACAGAUCCAAGCCACGAUCAGUUCACACCCAACUCACGAGGAUCAAAAACCUGAAGGGAACACCUUAAAGCUAGCGAUCAGCACGUACCGAGUUCAGCAUAUUAUGGCCAAAGAAGCAGCUUUUCUGAUGGUGGUGUUGUUUGGUUUUUGCCUUCAUGAAAUAGCCGCAAUACCGACUUCUGUAGCAGAAUGUCUAAGGGAACAUAAUCAGAUACGAGCAAAGCAUGGCRCACCAGCGUUGAUAUGGGAUGCUACACUCGCCGCGCAUGCUCAACAGUGGGCCAAUAACCUAAAGCUGAGAGGUAGCACGCUAAACAACGUCCAUGACCCUUCAUCUAACGAGGGAGAAAAUAUCGCCAUGUUGUCUAAUCCAAACUGCAAGGACGCAGUUGAACUAUGGAAUGACGAGUCUUAUGACUAUAAAGAUUGGGGUUAUUGUACCCGUGCCCCUCGCCAGCCGGUGAGUUACGUGAUGCACUUCACACAGCUUGUUUGGAAGAGCACAAGAAAACUCGGUGUUGGAAUUUCCGGCAAUUGGUUGGUUGCCAGGUAUAUGCCGCCCGGUAAUGCCUAUGGACGUUACGGCAGGAAUGUGCAAUGUUAAAUGAUAGAAUCAUAAUUUUAAAGUGAGGACAAGCUGUAGUCUCCAUCCAGUCGUGAAAAUAGUACUUAUUUAGGCAGUAUCCUUGUGUAAAGCAGUCUUCAUAACGCUUUACGUACCCAAUAAAAAACAAUGACUGUUGA